AUGACGAGCCACUACUUGCACACGCUGGACGAGUACUUCGAGAACGUGAGGAAUAAAGGCAACCUAGAAUGGAUCCGAGUUAACCACAAGCUAUCCGGAUGGGAUAUCGUCGCACUUGUUUUCCUUUUUGCGUUCAUAACCAUAUUGAGAUUUUUCGCCGUAGGGAUACACACCGAUUUGAUUGGAGAGAAUAAUAUACUGUAUGGGUUAUCGAGGAAAUCACUGCUAGAUCGAAUAAACAAAAAAUGGGACAUAGCAAAAGAUGGAUGUAUAUACAAAUGGAAGGAAAACUGCUGGUUUGCACUUUGGCAUAGCUUCUCCUUUUUGUAUAAUUUUCUGUUGCUAAUUUUUAUGUCGGGCUAUAUGCACAACAAAAACGGGUGGGUUAAAAAGUGCCUUGAAGAACCAACUGGGAAAUGGUUUCUUUUAGUCACCGAAGAUGAGUACAUGGAAAAUAAAAGAGGAUGGCCAUAUAUGUAUAUAGACAAUUCAGUGCAUUAUUUCUACCUGCUAGAGAUAGCUUUUUGGUCCUCCUGCCUUUUUUACUUAAAAUAUGAAAUAAGAAGAAAAGAUUUUUACGUGUUCAUUUUACAUCAUUUGUCCACAAUUUUGUUGCUAGUCUAUUCAUAUGUUUUUAACUUCUGGAGGAUGGGCCUAUUAGUUCUUUUUGUUCACGACGUAGUUGACGUGGCAUUGUAUAUUUCGAAAAGCUUGAAUUAUUCCAAUCCCAGAUAUCAGAAAACGUUGACAUUAUUUUACAUUUUUUUUGUUUUUUCUUAUUUUUUUUUCCGUAUUAUUAUAUUCCUCUUUUAUAUCGUCAUUCCACUGAGCAAUUUGGAGAUCAUAAAAUCCUACACCGACGGGUUUAUAACAUCUUAUAUGGACGUACCCGCCGGUAUAGUCCCCGUUAUUCUUUUGUGGAUGCUCAUGGUUAUGCACUUUUACUGGUUUUUCCUAAUCCUGAAGAUGACUCGAAUAUUUAUCGUCAAAACAAUGAAAAAUGAAGAUUUCACAGACAUCAGGAGUGAAGACGAAGGCGAAAAUCCAGUUCCAAGGAGUGCCCCCAAAAAGAGAAUGUAA